UAAUUUGUUGUGCAUUAAGCUGUGCUUUUAAGCUGUGUGUCCAGCAGUAAAUGUGUAAUGGAAAACUUUAAAUCAAAUAAAAUCCAGUCUGAGAAAGAAAGCUUUCGUUAUGCAUAUGCUAUAUAAGGAAGCUGCCGCCAAGGCGGCGGCUUUAGUCGAAGCGUGCAACUUCGACGACUUCGCGAAAAUCUGUGUCGCGAGUGAGAAAACUGUCUGCCACCUGACUGCCUGCCUGUCUACUACUUGCCACAUUGCCGAUAACAAGGUGAAGUGGAAUUGCAGCACAAACAAGCUGUUGCGGAGAUUGCGCAACAGUCGAGAGUCCAAAGGAAAGUGAAAGCCAACAGUUUGCAACGUAAGUUGCAUCAUCGUUUAACACUUGACACUUGCCGCUUACCCACAACAAAAUGUUUUACUCGGUGAUCUUCUUUGCCACAAUUGUGCUGCUCUUUUUGCUGAGCGGCGUGCGCAAGCCGCAAAAGUUUCCACCAGGACCCAGAUGGUACCCCAUUGUGGGCAGCGCCUUGCAGAUCUCGCAGCUGCGCAUGCGCCUCGGAAUGUUCUGCAAGGUGAUCGAUGAGCUGGCGCGACGCUAUGUCAAUGCCUAUGGCUACUACGGACUAAAGAUUGGCAAGGACAAAGUGGUGAUUGCAUAUACCAACGAGGCCAUCAGCGAGAUGAUGACGAAUGAGGACAUUGACGGUCGUCCGGAUGGCAUCUUCUAUCGCCUGCGCACCUUUAACUCGAGGCUGGGCGUGCUCCUGACCGAUGGCGAGAUGUGGGUGGAGCAGCGACGCUUCAUCUUGCGGCAUCUGAAGAAUUUUGGCUUUGCACGCAGCGGCAUGGUGGACAUUGUGCACAACGAGGCCAGCUGUUUGUUGCAGGAUUUGCGUACUCGCCUUGCCGCAGCUGGUGGCAAGCAGGCGCGGAUUGAGAUGCAUGAUCUGACCAGUGUUUAUGUACUGAACACUCUCUGGUGCAUGCUCAGCGGACGUCGUUAUGAACCCGGCUCGCCGGAAAUCACCGAGUUGCUGGAGACAUUCUUUGAGCUGUUCAAGAACAUUGACAUGGUCGGUGCACUCUUCAGUCAUUUUCCCUUGCUGCGCUUCAUAGCGCCCGAUUACUCGGGUUACAACGGCUUCGUGCAGAGUCACCGAGCUUUGUAUGCCUUUAUGGGCAAGGAGAUUGAGCUGCAUCGUAGCACGUAUCGCAAUUAUGAUGAGCCGCGUGAUCUGAUGGACAGCUAUUUGAGGGCCCAGGAGAGCAGCGAUAGCGUCAUGUUUAGCGACGAGAGUCUGCUGGCCAUUUGCCUGGACAUGUUUCUCGCCGGCUCGGAGACAACGAACAAGAGUUUGGGUUUCUGUUUUAUGCAUUUGAUACGUCAACCCGAGAUACAGGAGCGCGCCUACGCCGAGAUCAAGGAAGUGGUUGGCUUAGAACGCAUACCCGAGUGGUCGGAUCGUACCAAAUUACCGUAUUGCGAGGCCAUUACCAUGGAGGCGGUACGCAUGUUCAUGCUGCACACCUUUGGCAUUCCACAUCGUGCCGUCUGCGACACGCGGCUGAGUGGCUACGAGAUACCCAAGGAUACUAUGGUGAUUGCCUGCUUUCGUGGCAUGCUCAUUAAUCCGGCAGAUUUCCCCGAGCCCGAGUCAUUUGAUCCGACACGCUAUUUGGUUGGUGGACAAAUUAAGUUGCCAGAGGCUUUUAAUCCCUUCGGCUUUGGGCGUCACCGUUGCAUGGGGGAUCUGCUGGGACGGCAGAAUUUGUUCAUGUUUACCACCACGUUGUUGCAGCACUUCAAACUGGUUGCCAUUCCCGGCCAGAUGCCCGAGGAAGUGCCUCUGGAAGGCGCCACGGCGGCAGUGAAACCAUAUGAUGCUCUGCUAGUGCCCAGAGUAAGCUAAAACAAA